CAGAACAACCUCAACGUCCUCCCCUUUCUCAUGAAAUAAUUUCUCACCCUCCUUCCCUCGCGUCUCAGAAAAGGGAUAGCUGCGCAGCCAUCAUUCGUAUGCGGGGAUAUUCGGGAAUGGAGCAUGGAAUCAUAGAUAGCAGGUUUGGAUCCUGGUACCCAUUGAAUUCAAGCAUAAUCCUUGAUUGAAAACGGCCCAAAUUCACUUCGAUCUGCCCCCGAAACCCUUCCCAUUUUCUUAUCGAUCCUUCCUUACUCCCAUAUCAGGGUGGCGGAUCUCUUCUCCUCCUCCCUUCGGGUCACGCUUUGAUCAAACUUCUCAACUACCUCUUCAAUCCUAAUCGUCGUCCCAUUUCUUCAGUAUUACUUUUGGAGCCCGCUUUUAUCGUCUGGAACUCAAUUAUGUACCAUAUAAUUUAUCUCGUUUCUUUUUUUGGAGGCAGUAUUGGUGAAAACGGAUCAACCAUUCAUGAUUACUGGAAGAAGAGACAGACAAUCAUUUCAACUAUUCAUGUCUAAGUGCUGAAUGGUUUAGUUGUUUUCUUCUGGGAAAUUAAAUUUAUUUAUUUUCCUAUUCUGGAAUACACAAUUGAGGGAUUUGAGAUUGUUUAUUGGUUUUACUGGAUAAUGGAGCACCUUCCAGUAGAAGUUAUUGGGAACAUACUGUCUUGGCUUGGGGGUGCCCGUGAUGUGGUCAUAGCCUCAGCCACAUGUCGGAAGUGGCGAGAAGCUUGUCGAAAGCACCUUCACACACUUUCAUUCAAUUCUAAUGAUUGGCCCAUUUAUCGUGAUUUAACAACUAGUCGACUUGAAAUCUUAAUAACACAAACAAUAUUCCAAACCACAGGAUUGCAAGGCCUCUCAAUUAUGAUGGAUGAUGUUGAUGAGUUCUCUGCUUCAACAGUUAUUGCUUGGCUUAUGUAUACAAGGGAAACAUUGCGCCGACUUUUUUAUAAUGUCCGUACUACUCCAAAUGUUAACAUCCUGGAAAUUUGUGGGAGGCAGAAGCUAGAAAUGUUGGUUCUUGCCCAUAAUUCAAUAACUGGGGUAGAACCAAAUUUUCAGAGAUUUCCUUGUCUAAAAUCCCUUUCCUUGAGUUAUAUCAGUAUUUCAGCAUUGGAUUUAAAUCUCUUGCUCACUGCAUGCCCAAAGAUUGAGACCUUGGAACUUGUCAACCCUGAGAUUGCAAUGUCAGAUGCACAGGUGACUGUUGAACUAAGCAGUCCAACUCUAAAAAGUAUUUACGUCGAAGCAAUUAGUCUGGACAAGUUUAUAUUGGAAGCUGAUAGCAUUGAGCGAUUGCAUUUGAAAGACUGUGUCCUUGAACUUUUUGAACUCAUUGGAAAGGGUACUUUGAAGCAUUUCAAGAUUGAUGAUGUUAGUGUUAUACAUCUUGAUAUUGGUGAGACUGCUGAUAAUCUUGAGAUUAUAGAUGUUAGCAAUUUCACUAUUAUUUGGCCAAAGUUCUACCAGAUGAUCUCAAGAUCAUCAAAAUUGAGGAGACUUCGCCUUUGGGAUGUGGUGUUUGAUGAUGAGGAUGAGAUUGUGGAUUUGGAGACUAUAGCUGUUUGUUUUCCACAGCUAAGUAAUCUUUCAUUAAGUUAUGACUUGAGAGAUGGAGUUCUUCAUUAUGGUUUGCAAGGGUCUUCUCACUUGGACAAUGUGCUUGUACUGGAGCUUGGAUGGACUGCAAUUAAUGAUCUCUUUUCACACUGGGUGGAGGGGCUACUAAAGAGAUGUCCAAAUCUUAAGAAGCUGGUGAUUUAUGGGGUUAUUUCAGAGGCUAAAACCCAUGAAGAAUGCCAGAUGUUGGCUAACUUCACUUCGUCCAUUGUUCAGCUCAUGAGAAAAUACCUGCAUGUAGAGGUGCAAUUUGAGUAUGAAUAGAACUUCUUUUUAAUUCCCUAUGCCAGAAUUGAGGAUUUUGAAUUGUAUAAGCUCAUAGACAGGUAUGAUUUCUAAGAAUGUAAAACCUCGGUGUCCUUUCUGAAUUCAACAGACGAUGUUUGAGAACUUCCCCAUUUGAGUGAAAGAGCAUUAAACGUGCUUCAUCCUACCUA